AUGUCUGCCGCUGCCGCUCACGGCGAUUCAAUCAUCGUCGGCGCGCUCAACCCUGUCGAGGGCAAGGUCGUUCCGGUUCCCACACAUCCGGCCAUCAACGAGAAGGUCCGCCUCCCUGCGGAGGACGCAGCGAAUAAAGACGGAGCUGGAGACAGCGAAAUCAAGCCUGCCACACCAUCUAACGAAGGAGACCAUGAUGGAGACCACGAGAAGGAUGACGGCAGUGAGGAUGUUAUCAUUAUCACAGGUGCCGAUGCCGCAGAGCAUUUACUGCCGCUCCGCGACGAUUUUGAGCCCGCUUUGACAUUUCGAAGUCUCUUCCUUGCGACCGUCCUUUCUGCUUUCCAGGCCGUGAUGAGUCAAAUUUACUACUUCAAACCCACCCAGGUUGUCAUUUCCGGAACUUUCAUCGUUCUUAUCGCGUACUUCCUCGGUAAGGCAUGGGCCGCUGCACUCCCCCGCGGUGACAAGUUUGAGGCUCGAUGGAGGCAGAAGAACGGCGACGGCAAACUCCCGGGUUAUAUCUCUGUCAUUCGAUUUAUCAAUCCUGGUCCGUGGAACUUGAAGGAACACGCAAUCUGCGCCAUCACAGCCACCUCUGCCUCCAACGCUUCCGCCAGUGUAACUGUUUUCGCGGCACAAGAUCUCUUCUACGACCUGCCUUUGAGCGCAACUACCGUCAUUCUUAGUGUCAUUUCCAUUGGUCUUUUUGGCUAUGGCAUCUGCGGUAUCAUGCGUCCUAUUGCCGUCUGGCACGUCGACGCAGUCUACUGGAGUACUCUUCCCACAGUGAAGACUCUGCAAGGUCUUCAUUGGCAGGACUUGAAGCACUCUAAGCCUCUGCGAUACUUCUGGUAUGCGUUUGGCACGAUGUUCAUUUAUGAGUUCUUCCCGGCCUACAUCUGGCCUUGGCUCAACUCCGUCUCGGUGCCUUGCCUAGCUGCAAUGCACGCGACCGGUGACAAGGCAGCUGUGCUCACAAACCUGUUUGGUGGUGCGACCAACAACGAGGGCCUGGGGCUUUUCAGUGUCUCUUUCGACUGGCAGUACAUCACCUCCUUCAACACAUCCCUUCCCCUAAAGCUCCAAGCUCAUGCAGCUUUCGGAUAUUUCAUUUGCUUUAUUGCUAUGGUCGGCAUCUACUAUACCAAUGGCUGGAAGGCAAAGUCACAGCCCUUCAUGUCGACUCGUCUUCGGUCAGAGGAUGGCUCAGCAUACCCCGUGUCUGAAGUGUUCACGGGUGGUAUACUCAACAAGGAGGCCUUUGCCACCUAUGGUGUUCCCCGGCUCACUGGGACUUUUGCGUAUGCCAUGUUUAUGGCUAACGCAGCCAUCGGAGCCCUCGUUGCUCACUGUUUCUUGUUCUGGGGGGGAGAUGUUGUAAGGGCGUACAAGAGCGCCAGAAGCGGCCGAUACGACGAUCGCCACCACGCCCACAUGGCCAAGCACUACAAGGAGACGCCGUGGUGGUGGUAUGUUGCCAUCCUUGUAUUCAGCUUUGUUCUUGGUCUCGUUGUCGUCAUUAAGGAGAACAUUACUCUCCCGGCUUGGGCGUACGUUGUCUCGCUGCUGCUAGGAAUUUUCAUCGCACCAUUGAGCACGAUUCUUUAUUCUCGUUAUGGUAACGGUAUCGCCACCAACAACUUGUCCAAGAUGUUGGCGGGUCUGAUGCUUCCGGAACGCCCUGUUGGCAACAUGUACUUUGCUGCUUGGUCACACAACGUUAUUUCCAACGCCGUUACCCUCUCCAAUGAUUUAAAGAUGGGCGAAUACCUCAAAAUUCCCCCUCGUGCCAUGUUCCUCACCCAAGUUUACGGCACUAUUCUUGGAGGUUUUGUGAACUACGCUGUCAUGAUUUCCGUUGUCAGUGGCAAUAGAGAGCUUCUGCGGGAUAGCAAUGGCAACUCGAGCUGGAGUGGAGCCGCCAUCCAGUCAUAUAAUACCAACGCCACCUCAUGGGCUCUGGCCAAGUACCUUUACAAGGCUGGCACUGAGUACGAGAUGGUUCCCAUUGGUCUGGGCAUCGGAUUUGGCAUUGUUGCAGUCCAUCGUGUCUUUGUUUACUUCGUCCCGAAGAUCCGGGGAUUCUCUACAGACGAAAUCAACAUGCCCCAAUUUAUACACCAGGUCAUUACUGGGUUCUUCACUCAGUUCUACCUUCGAAACUACCGCCCCCGGAUCUUCAAGGACUACUCGUACCUUGUGACUGGCGCAUGGGAUGGAGCCAGUCUCACGGCUCUAUUCAUUCUGUCUUUCGCUGUCUUCGGUGCAGGUGGUAAAUCCAGACCAUUCCCUACGUGGUGGGGGAACAACGCCGACGGUUACUACGAUCUCUGCCCGACGGGCGAGUAA